UCAUAUAAAGAGGAAGUUUACAAGUUGCUUCAGUUAGUGUACUUCUUUGGUUUCAUCACAACCUGUGGUAAGGACGUAAAACAAUGCUUCCUCUUGCUUUAUCAUAAGUCUAUAAGAGGUGAGCUUCAGCCACACAAGGAAACCUUUCAAUCGAUGCAGCUGUUUAAAUAAAAGAGCUCAGAGCCCUCAAGGAAAAGAUGAGCGCCAGGUUACUGGUGGGGACAGUGAAACCACCUUGUCUUGUCGGGUUGUUUCCAGGCCACUGACCAAAUAAAAAGCCUUUGUGUCCUUUGCUUUGGACUGCAUGAUCAAACGUCCCUGUGCAGUGGCCCAUUUAUCCCCAGAGUCAGAGUCAAGGAAAUAAUGUGACACAUCUCAAUCCCUGACAGUUUGUAAGAAAAACUUUGAAGACAACAUGCAGGAGUGCAACACUGGGCUGUGUCUCUCUGUCUACAUCAUUACAUUUGUGCUGGGCUUCCCCACCAAUGUUCUGGCCUUCUACACCUUUUGGAAGAAAGUGAGGCAGAGACCCACACCAAUCGACAUCCUGCUCCUCAACCUGACCAUCUCUGACCUCCUCUUCCUCCUGUUUUUGCCCUUCAAGAUGCAGGAGGCCAUGAACAACAUGCAGUGGGACCUGCCGUAUGCCCUCUGCCCUCUGUCUGGCUUUGUCUUCUACAUGACCAUCUACACCAGUACCUUUUUCCUGACUGCCGUCAGUGUAGAGCGGUACCUGGGUGUUGCUUUCCCAAUCAAGCACACCCUGAAGCGUCGACCCAUUUACGCUGUAACCGCCAGCAUCUUCUUCUGGAUCUUUACCUUCAUCCAUCUAAGCAUUGUAUUUAUAGUGCCAUUUAUUGGAGAUGAACCCCUUCCAAAUUCCACCUAUGCCAUUGCUGAAAGCAAGAAGGACGUGUGUUAUGAAAAUUUCACUGCGGCUCAACUGAAGAUCCUCCUGCCUGUGCGUUUGGAGCUCUGUGUGGUGCUUUUCUGCAUCCCCUUCCUCAUUUCCAGUUACUGCUACAUCAACUUCAUCAGGAUUCUGUCCAAGCUGCAACACAUUGACCGACGCCGGCGCCUGCGGGCCAUCGGUAUGGCAUUGGGAACACUGAUUGUCUUUGCCAUGUGUUUCGGCCCCUACAAUGUCUCGCACAUUGUUGGCUUCAUUACAAAGAAGAGUCCCAUUUGGAGAGACACAGCACUGCUGUGCAGUACUUUCAACACCUGUCUUGACCCUUUUAUUUUCUACUUCUCCUCCUCUGCUGUGAGAGGAACUGUCAGCAAAUUGAAGCAAGGGGUUAAAAGUCGCCUCUGCAGGUGCAUGUCCUGUCACAUGCUCCAGGCCUUGUGUGGGGGUGCUAACAAGACUGAGAAAGAUAAGGAACACAAACAACAGGAGAUCAAUGCUAUCACAGCUGACAGGAAAGGGACUGGGAGCAGCACCCUCAACUAAUUUCUUCAUCCCUGCAAGCAGGAAAUUAAUACCACGUUUAUGUUUUUACUCAUGUGAAAAUGACUUUGCUGUGUACACUGUGGCAGUGUUUGUUUGACUCUCUGAUGAACUUGCAAUGUGAGGCAGCCUUUGUUUGCCUGAGCAAGCUGCAGCAAUUUUUAAACGCAGCGUAGUGUGUAAAGCUGCAAAGACAGGCCCGCUUUGAACUGUCACAUUUCAUGUCGCAUUUCUUGCAUUACGAAUGCAGUGGGCUGUUGUGAAGAUGUGACAUAGAGAUUGCAAAAAUGCAGCAUCUAAGCAAUAGCUUCAACUGUCAUUUUCUUGUGAUAAUAUAUGAAGCUUGUUUUUUUGUGAAGGGGUUUAUUUCCAGCUUUAAUCAAAAAAGCAACAUGUUGUCAGUUUGUGCUCAUUAUGUUUCAAGCUUUGGUGACGUUUUCAUGCAGAUUAUACAUUAUAUUUGCAGUGUGUACUUCAAAUGUAAACAUAAUUUUUUAUACAUGAAGAUUAUAAAAAGAAUUUUACAUAACCGUUACUCAGAGUGUUUUGGGAGAAGAUCAGCCAUAUAACACUGGUGUGUGUGUGUAUGAGAGAGAGAGAGUGCCCAACAAGAUUGGAAGAGGAAGAAAGCAGGUUACUGUAUAAACUGAAUUUUUAUAAAUAAAUCACAAAAUAAUUCAUUUGAUUUACUAUAACCAUGCAGCAAGAAAGAAUGCCACUGUAUGUGAGUGCAAGAGGAAGUAGAGAUAACAAGUAAUUUGUUUUUUAAAGAAGCAAAAGAGAAGCAUGACAACUGUCUGGACACACUGCAUCUCAUCACUUUAGAUGCCAUCAUCAGAUCAGUCAUGGUGUGUAAGAUGUACACUACUUGUAUGUAUUUUUGCAUUCAUAAAAGACAAAAAAAGAUUAAAUAUGAUUAAUCAAAAUUCAACCAAGUUAAAAAACAGCCUGUGUUUGACGUCACUAAUCUGCUUAUACUGUAGAUGCAUUUGCAUGCUCUUAAUAUAAUGUUCACAAUCUCUGGCAAUAGUUUUUCUUUGUGGUCAGGGCUAUAUUUAUACUGUAGAUCCUCCAACAUGUGAAUCAAGAGAGCCACCACAUGUUCCAAACAGAAACAAUUCUCUGACACAAGCAAAAUGUUGGCAUAAGCUGUGAUCCUGUUUGGUGAGGAUUGGAACAGCAUGGAGGUUAAGCUAAUCACUGUAUCUGGUUGACAGGUGGAUGACAAAAUCUGUGUGAUGAAUUCAUUUUGACUCCUAAAUGCCAGUGAAUGACAAACAUGGGCAGGCUACCAGCCACUAAAGCAAGGGAAAAACAUCCUAAACUACAUUAACCAGCAUGGCGCAGUGAAAGAGUUACGAUAUGUGUAAGAAGUGUAAGAAAUCGGUAUCAAAUAUGAGUAAAGUGAAUCUUUUCAAGUCAAAUGUGUACAGUUCAAAUUAGAAGUGUAACAGUUAUCAUGGGUGUAAAUGUCUUGUUAAUUUUUGGCUGUUUUUGGGCUGAAAUACACAUACAACAAACUA